CUCCAAGGUUCUGGUGGAAUGAGUGGGCUUCCAUUAAUCUUUCAAAAGCGCCUAAAGCCAACUGGCGCUCAUUAUACAUAAUGUAAUAGCUCAUCAUAUUGCCCAUCUGCUAAAAAUUGUAUUUCACACUGCACUUUGGAUUUUUACUCUCAACCAGUGUGAGACCGACGAGGUCUCGGGGGAACAACAAAUCAUCGAAUGCAAAAAAAAAAAAAAAGUAACGCUCGUGUCCUGUUGUUUUCGUCCAAGUCACAUGGUCAGCCGUCCUUGACUGCAGCGUGAGCGGCUUGUUUGCAUAACAAGUAAUGAUUACAUCGGGGUUGCGCUCCUCCUAUGACUCAGUGCUUUUGCAGAUCCUGCAGCCUGGCUGACACUCAUCCACCUUCAAGCAACAUAAUGAAGGCGUUUUACGCAGUUAUCGUCUACCUGGCCUAUUUCGGCCAUACUGCUUCAGGGUGCCCCUCGCUUUGCAAAUGCUACCCGAGAAGAGCCGAGGUGGUCUGCAAUGAGGUUCCCAUGACUGUAUUCCCCUCCGAAGGCCUUCCCAAAAACACCAGCAUCCUCACUAUCCAGUUCACCAAUAUCUCAUCCAUCUCCGAGCAGGAUCUUAACGCGGUCCCUCAGUUGAAGCAGCUGCACCUGUUCAGCAACCACCUGAAGAACCUUUCCUCGCACCUCCUUAGAGGCCUGCCUCUCCUCACGACUUUGGACCUCACCGGCAACAAGCUGAGUGACUUGCCCGCCGAUGUCUUCAGUCACGCUCCGCUUGAAAUCCUGGUGCUCAAGAACAAUCUGAUUGAGAAAGCUGAGUCCACGUGGUUUCCGGAUAACUCCAACCUGACCUGGUUGGACGUCUCCGGGAAUCGUUUGACAAAUAUCUCAGCAGGUUUUCUCCAAAAAUUGCCGCAUCUGGAAAACCUUGAACUUUCCAAUAACCGUCUGGUGAAGUUCUCAGCAAAUUCUCUGGAUCAACUCACCAAACUUGAUCGCCUGAAUCUGCGCAACAACAAACUGGAUAGUCUGGCGCCGUCUUUGCUCGAUAACACCCGCAACCUCACCUACUUGUUCCUCUCCAAGAACAAGCUCAGUCAUGUUCCCCAGAACUUUUUUCAGGAGCUCACUCAGCUCAAACAUCUCAGUCUGGAUGACAACCAGCUUAGCAGCAUCCCUCCAGGUCUGCUCGACAAUUUGAACGCCCUGGAGGACGAAGGGCUGGACCUGUCCGCCAACCCGUGGGUUUGCGACGGGAAGAUAGAGUACCUCCUCGGAUGGCUCCAAAAGAACCAGAAGAAAAUGUUCCUUCCGGAGACCAUCAUUUGUUCUGCUCCUCAGUCUCUCAAGAGUCGCACGGUGAUGUCGCUCACAGAGACUGAACUGAAAAUCUGAGUCAAGGUUUUUUUCUUCCCCAAUGCCUACAGGAUGAUAUAGCAAAAUUUAGACAAAAGUAGUUACUGCCGCCUGGGUUCAGUGAAAGGUGCUAGAAGAUGUAGGAAAUACGUAAAAAAAAAACUAAAA